AAAGAAGAGCUCCACCUCUCGCGAUAUUUCGGUCGUGUCCUUGAUCUAAGGCAGAAAUGGGCUACUGGGAUCUAGAGGAGGGCAAAGACUGCGUGGAAAAAACAUGGAUCACCACGAAAUUAGCGACAGCAAUCGGGCUGGUCGGUUCUGCCUACCACAUAGUGGCAUACCAGCCUGAGACAGCUGUUGAGGCUCUGACCAGAGCAACAUCAGGCACUGUCACCAUGGCCGCCAUGGGGGCCAUCUUUGGAAUGGCCACUUGUCUGAGCGCACAGGCCAGAGAUGCACCUGAUGACCCCACUAACUAUUUCAUUGGUGGAUGUGCUUCCGGUAUUUUCCUUGGGGCACGGACACACAGUGCUAUCACAGGUACCACAGCAUGUCUGGGUCUGGGAACGGUGGCUAUGCUCACCAAGGUUGGAAAAAUGGAGGGCUGGAGAAUAACAGGACCCCCAAAGCUGUGAUCACUGAUGUCUCCCCUAGUAUUUGAUGUUUAUAUUGUAUAUUGCUUAAAUAAAUGUAUUGAGAGUACACUUGAAAA